AUGGCUUGCAAACUCCAAGACCACAUCGACUCCCUCCAAACCCUUCCUCUCGCAGAGGGAAUCCAAGCAAUCGCCGACCUCAUCCCAGGUCUGACUAGCGUUAUCCCCCGCGAAUACGGGUACUUCGUUCAACACCCCGACUACGAAGGUAUCGGCAACCUGAACGACAUCGGCACACUCUGGCUGAAGCUCGGAUCGCAAUGCCAUGAUGACCACGCGCCACUCGAAGUGCGUCUCGUGCACACGUCCAUGGACGACCCGAUCUUCGAAGUCUACGGCACUAGCUAUGAUAUGCUGAAGGAGGGACUAGCUGAUGGAACCGUGACCCCUCCCCCGCCCGCUAAUUACUGCGGCUGUUGUCACGGGGAGGCGAGCGCUACGAUCUUGAAUCGUUUCCAUGAUCGCCACGGUCUGUUUUUCACCGAAGAUGAGUACAAAUCUAUCUGGGGGGAUGAACCGAAUGCAGGACAGACACUUAGUGGGUGGACCGAAGAAAAGGGUUGGACAAAGUGUAGUAUCAAUGCAAGCAAGGAGCAGAUUGAGGAGGCUCUAGCGCGGAAUCCGGCUGUUGGGAUUCCAAGCAUGCUUUGA